UGAGAUCACAGGCGUUUCUGUUUAUUUUAUAGCAAUAGAGAGGAGACAUUCUUGAUUUUUUGGGGGGGGCUAAGAGAGAAAGGUGUCGAAUAGUGUGUUUAGAAAGUGUGUGUAUGUGGAUUGUCCUAGAGGGAAGGAGAAGGAGGAGUAGGAGGAGGAGGUAAAAGCAAGAGAGAGAGAGAGUGAGAGAGAGAGAGAGAAAAAAAAACAGCCGCCAUCUUUUGGAAGUGACUGGGAGGGAGUGUGGAGUUAGCGUUAACAUUAGGGUUAGCAUUACUGCAUCCCCUGGCUGUCCCGAGGUCCUGAUCAUCCCAUGCAGCACGACAUUAAAGCCUGAACGACGUGAGGAACAGGAGAGUGGGGUCAGAGCCGUGCUGCCCCUUCUGCCCCUCCUCCUCCUCCUCCUGUGGGGCAGUUUGUUUGCUCCUCUCUUCCUUCCCAGGAUCUCACUGCGUUGGAGGCUAGCCGAGCUAGCACAGAUUAGCUAAGCUAAGAUUUCCCUCCCUCAAUCCUCUUUCUGUCAAAACUGGCCUGUUGGACGGGUCCCUAUGCACACACUGCCACUCUCUGGCAGAUGAGUCAUCAUCGGGGUCUUGCGUGUCGCAGUCGCACGGCCAGAUAGUCCCCUGCGAGCGCAGCAUGCCCUCCACCAGCAGGGCAGGGAACCUCAAGGACCCCGAGAUCGCAGAGCUGUUCUUUAAGGAAGACCCUGAAAAACUCUUUACUGACCUGCGCGAGAUUGGACAUGGCAGCUUCGGAGCUGUGUAUUUUGCACGUGAUGUGCGGACCGCAGAGGUGGUGGCCAUUAAGAAGAUGUCCUACAGUGGAAAACAAUCCAAUGAGAAAUGGCAGGAUAUCAUUAAAGAAGUGAAAUUCCUUCAGCGAAUACAACACCCGAACAGCAUAGAGUAUAAAGGAUGCUACCUACGGGAACACACAGCAUGGCUCGUAAUGGAGUACUGUUUGGGUUCAGCUUCCGACCUCCUUGAAGUCCACAAAAAGCCCCUUCAGGAAAUCGAGAUUGCAGCUAUUACCCAUGGUGCUUUGCAGGGGCUUGCCUACCUUCACUCUCAUAACAUGAUUCACAGGGAUAUCAAAGCUGGGAACAUCCUGCUGACUGAACCUGGCCAGGUCAAACUGGCAGAUUUCGGUUCUGCCUCCAUCGCUUCUCCGGCCAAUUCUUUUGUAGGGACGCCAUAUUGGAUGGCUCCAGAGGUGAUUCUGGCUAUGGAUGAGGGACAGUAUGAUGGAAAGGUAGACGUCUGGUCCCUUGGGAUCACCUGUAUAGAACUAGCUGAGAGGAAGCCUCCUCUGUUCAAUAUGAACGCAAUGAGUGCCUUAUAUCAUAUAGCGCAGAACGAGAGCCCAACUCUCCAGUCUAGUGAAUGGACGGAUUACUUUAGAAAUUUCGUUGACUCUUGUCUUCAGAAAAUCCCCCAAGACAGACCGCAAUCAGAUGACCUGCUACAGCAUGCAUUCGUUCAGCGUGAGAGACCAGAGACUGUCCUGAUUGACCUGAUCAUGCGGACCAAAGACGCGGUCCGGGAGCUGGACAACCUGCAGUACCGCAAGAUGAAGAAGAUCCUCUUUCAGGAGGCCCACAACGGGCCCGCUAUUGAGACCCCAGAGGGAGAUGAGGAGCCCGACCACGGGGCCGGACGUACAGGCACAGUGAACAGCGUAGGGAGUAACCAGUCCAUUCCCAGCAUGUCCAUCAGCGCCAGCUCUCAGAGCAGCUCCGUGAACAGCCUUCCUGACGCUGCGGACGAUAAGAGUGACCUGGACCUGAUGGAAGGAGACCACACCGUCAUGUCCAACAGCUCUGUCAUACACCUCAAGCCUGAAGAGGAAGAGGUUUACCGAGAUGACCCGGAGGCACGCAGUCAUCCCCCCGAGCCCCAGGCAGCCUCGGCACAGCCGCCCCCGCGCAAAUACCACCGCAACCGCGAGCACUUCGCCACCAUCCGCACAGCCUCGCUAGUGACGCGGCAGAUGCAGGAACACGAGCAGGACUCCGAGUUACGAGAGCAGAUGUCCGGCUAUAAGCGGAUGAGACGUCAGCACCAGAAGCACCUGAUGGCCCUGGAGAACAAGCUGAAGGCCGAGAUGGAUGAGCACAGGCUGAAGCUGGACAAGGAGCUGGAGACUCAGCGGAACAGUUUCGCAGCCGAGAUCGAGAAACUGGUCAAGAAGCACCAAGCAUCCAUGGAGAAAGAUGCCAAGUCCUUCGCCAACGACGAGAAGAAGUUCCAACAGCACAUCCAGGUCCAGCAGAAGAAAGAGCUGAGUAGCUUUCUCGAAUCGCAGAAACGAGAGUAUAAACUACGCAAGGAGCAACUGAAAGAGGAGUUAAACGAGAACCAGUCCACCCCCAAGAAAGAGAAGCAAGAAUGGCUGUCCAAGCAGAAGGAGAACAUCCAGCACUUCCAAGCUGAGGAAGAAGCCAACCUGCUCCGCCGGCAGCGGCAGUACCUAGAGCUCGAGUGCCGCCGCUUCAAACGCCGUAUUCUCAUCGCCAAACACAAUGUAGAGCAGGACCUCGUGCGAGAAGAGCUGAAUAAGCGUCAGACGCAGAAGGACCUGGAGCACGCCAUGCUGCUGCGUCACCACGAGUCGAUGCAGGAGCUGGAGGUAAGACAACUGGGCACCAUCCACAAAAUGAGGACCGAGCUCAUCCGUCUGCAGCACCAGACCGAGCUCACCAACCAGCUGGAGUACAACAAGCGCAGAGAGAGAGAGCUGCGCCGGAAGCAUGUCAUGGAGGUCCGGCAGCAGCCCAAGAGCCUCAAGUCCAAAGAGCUACAGAUCAAGAAACAGUUCCAGGACACGUGUAAGAUCCAGACACGGCAGUACAAGGCCCUGAGGAACCACCUGCUCGAGACCACGCCCAAGUCAGACCACAAGGCUGUGCUGAAGAGACUGAAGGAGGAGCAGACGAGAAAACUGGCCAUCCUCGCCGAGCAAUAUGAUCACUCCAUCAACGACAUGCUGUCCACGCAGGCUCUGCGAUUGGAUGAAGCCCAGGAGGCAGAGUGUCAGGUCCUGAAGAUGCAGCUUCAGCAGGAGCUGGAGUUGCUGAACGCGUAUCAGAGCAAAAUCAAGAUGCAGACCGACGCACAGCACGACCGCGAACGGAAAGAGCUAGAGCAGAGAGUCUCGCUGCGCAGGGCCCUCCUGGAACAGAAGAUCGAGGAGGAGAUGGUGACGCUGCAGAACGAGCGCUCGGAGCGGAUCCGCAGCCUGCUGGAGAGGCAGGCGCGGGAGGUCGAAGCCUUCGACUCGGAGAGCAUGCGCCUCGGCUUUAACAACAUUGUGCUUUCCAACAUGGCCACGUCCGAUAGCCACAGUUUUCCAGGUGCGCCGGGGGCAUGGGGUUCGCCUCACAGUGCCGGCUCGCAGGCGCAGGGGCAGGGGCACUGGAGCAGCCAGCACGGCCAUCAUCACCAUCAUCACCACCCGCACCAUCAACACCAUGCCAGCCAGAGCGGCUCCAUCCAGCAGCCCUGGGGACACAGCGGGCAUUCUCCCUGGGGUCACCAUGGUUCAGGUGGCAGCCAAAGGUCCAGCAGCGGCGGCGGCGCACGGAACAGCCCUCAAGCGUCGCGCCGAACAUCUGCGGGAGCUCGUAGCGAGCAGGGGAUGAGCAGGAGCGCCAGCAUCGCCUCUCAGAUCUCCAAUGGCUCGCACCUGUCAUACACCUAAGCCAGCCCACUGUAACACCCCCAUUCCCACCCCUCCUCACUCAACACGCACGCACACGCACACACGUUCUCCGAGAGGGGCAUGAGGUACACCCAGGUCAGAGAGAGGAUACACAGAGCCCUAGAGGGGUAUUUGCUUUCUCGCGUUCCCUCUUCCACACUUUAUUUUUUUGGAGUCGUGAAAAAAAAAACGAAAGAAGAGAAAAGCACCUUAUAUUUUAAGGUUCACAGGUUCAGAAGUAUGAGUUUUGCGAAUCUGAUUGAACUAUAGGAUGCCCUGUAUAUGUACAGUAUAUGUAUAUGUAUAUGUGAAGUCAGGUUAGCAGUGAUGAAUGUGUUUAAGAGAGGAUGAGUUUGAGCGUCUAUGUAGGCAGUUUAUGUAUGCAUCAUGUCUUUUAGGCAUUAUAAAACAUUAAUCAGCUCAUUGCACAGAAAGAAUCCAACCAUGAGGACACGCAAGGUGCACUAAUGACGGAGAUGUACCGAGAUGUGAGCUUCAGUGCCGUCGUAGAUUUGGGGCAUGUAAUCUGUUAAACAAAUUGAUUUUAAAACGUUAAUAAAUUUUAAGCCCCUCUUUGUUGUAAUGUAAAAGCGCGAGGCGCCCUCGUUUAAGGAAAGCUCUUUUUCCAGUAUCGAGACUUUCGGGAAUUCCAGCCUGGAUUUUAUGACUUGUUUCCCCCCCAGAAUGUUUGCCAGUUCGGUUCGUUAGAGAAUGUUCUAGUCUGUGUAUCUUCUCAAUGAGAACCAUUGCGGUUAAGCAAUUACGGUUUGGUGAUUUGAGACGAUUGGUUUUAACGCUAAGGUUUUUUUUUUUUUAAGUGGAACAAAGAAGCUGACCGGAUGUGAAAGGAAGCCAGUGAGUAUUUCUCCAAGUGGUUAAAUGAUUAAAUCAUUAACAGCAUUGAGUAGUUAGUUCUGAAAGAUUGUGUUUUAACCAUCAGAGACGGUGGGAAUCUCCCGGAUACCUUCAGUGAAUGAAGAGAAUUGUUAAGGUUUUAAAGAAAAGUGCAACAGGAAGCUGAUAGGAUUCAGAAGGAAGUGGUAGGUUUUUUUUUUUUUUGUUUUUUUGAGUAUUUCUUUAACUAAUUCUCAGAAACCUUGGCAAGGUAAACACUUCAUCUGUGUGUUUUUGAUGUAAAAUGUGUCCAAGUGUUUAUAGAACCUCGGUUACUUCUCACCACUAUUUCUCAAUCGAAACUUUUUCAUUGUCACCUCAAGAUUUCCAUUGAUGUGAGAAUAGAGAGGUGUAGCAGUGUCGUUUUAUAUGUACAGCUCAUUAUGUCCACACUUAUUUUUUCCUAAUACAAGCACACUACAUGAAAAAAGUAUUUAUUUUGCCCUGUUUUGGGCUGUUGAAUGGGUUUCGAAGAGCUAAAUAAGGAAGUGGAUGUUGGAAAUAUCAUGGGAAAGAGUUCAGCGUGAAUAUGAUUAUACUGAUAGUUGAUUUGGGUAAAACAAGAUUUAAGUGUGUAUCAGUGUGUGUAUGUUCUCCUUAGGGAGGAUAGAAGAUAUUUGAUUCUUAUCUAAAAUGCCAAAGUUAACUUUGAUCCCAGCUAUGCAAAGAGAAGCUUUUUAGCAUCUUCAAAGAAAAAAAAAAGAAUGUUUUGAUGUGCUGCUCAGUGUCCUCUCUCUUGGCCUCGGACCUAUGGCGUGUUCCCUUCUGUCCCUCUCCGGGCUCGGAGUUAGGGCAGAAUAUGUGGGUUUUGGGGGUGGGAAGGUCUCUUUCAGGCAGGUUUGUGACCAGUGAAUGUUUUUUGCUGGGUGAGUGAGAGCCCUGCCGUCACGUCUGCGAUGCCUUCAUCACUGUCACGUUUGUCCCAGAGCUCCCUUCAACUACCGUUUAUAAUUACAUGUACAAAGUAAUGUUUAAGGGAAAAAAAAUAAUGCCAGAAAGUGUGUGUGUAUAUAUAUGGCCAUAAAUAGAGUACUGUACACAAGUCUUGAGCAACCCUCAUUUCUUCAUAUUAAAUGAAAUGCAAUGAUAUAGAUUAAGAUUAUAGAAAUGGGGACAAAUGUUUUACUGUGACCGACUGCAAAGAACCCAAAGAUACAGUUUAAAUGUAAAAACCUCAGCAGCAACCUUAUUUCCCCUCUCGUCUGUUCCAACAACCCAGCAGAAUGCCAUCACCAGUAUACUUAUUUACCGGCCUGAUCAUCAGUCAUCAUCUGCACCCGUUUCUCACUGGUUUAUGCCUUACGUUAUAUAUAUAAUUUUUUUUAUGCCUGAAGGAUUCAUAGGUCACCUUGUGGCUUAACAAGCAAAAGAAAAAAACAACAACAACAACAAAAAAAAACAUUCCUCUGGAACAGAGGAGUGCAGGGACUGGACUGAAGGCUCUAGGCUUCCUUCAGGGAAGCCUAGAGAGGGGUGUCAAGACUUUUGCACAGUACUGUAAUAUGUUAAUAUAUAUAUAAACCAUGUUUAUGAAAUAGUGAGGAGACAAUUUUAAAGUGGGAUGUAUAGAGAAUGUCUGUGUAUAUUGUACAAAUAGAAAAUGUUUUAAAAGAAAAAAAAAGAUAUAUGAACCCAAGAAAAACCCAAAUUUAAAGCUAGAUUUAAGAUUAGCUGCUAGAACGUGAGAGGGGAAAAACAAAACCCCAGAUAUUUAAAGCGAGAUAUCAUAAGAUAAUGCAAAAAAAAAUCAAGCACCUUGCAUCCUCUAUGACGUAAACAGCAUCGCCUCCCCCACUCACACACACACAUUUUUGCUCCUCAGGCUUGUGCUCUUAUUUCACCAAAAGACAUUUGUGAAUCUUACUUUAUUCCAUGAUCCAAGGACGUUUGCCUCAUUUUCCAUUAACUGCCAUAAAACAAAGAUUUGGACUUUUUCAUCUGCUUGUCUCCGUGGUCAUUCAAUUAAAGUGUUGUACGUGUUCCCAGGUGUGUGCAUGGCAUCACUUAUUUCAUAGAGAUGUCAAUAAACUCAACUUUAUUUUAGCAUUGCGUAUUACAAGCGACUGAGCCAUUGCACUUUCAGGCCUCAAAGGAUCGGGGCUGGAUUAUUAAAAAAAAAAAAAACAGAGUGAGUGAGAGAGAGAAAGGGUGAGAGAAGCUAACAUGCCAAAAUCACUUCACAACCUCAUAAAUACUGUUACUGGACAGGAUCAGGAGAGCAGCCACAAGACCCCAAAUUCAAGAGAUUAUUACAGCUGGACACUGGUUACGGUCUGUCGCUCUCCUGUAAGGUUCAGCAGCAUGGAAAGGACAGCAGUGCGCCCUCUUGUGGAAGUGUAAUCUUGUGCGUCACAUCGCUACAGCCCUCAUCUUUCCCAUGUUUUAAUGAUCCUUUCUAAAAGCGUGAGAACAAGGGGAAACGAGCGGUAACGAGGCGAGGGGUGUGUCUGUACAGUUACAGUGUGUUCACCAGUAUUCCUUCAAAUUAUUGAUUCUUUUUCCUUUUUUUUAUUUUUUAUUUCUGCUUCAACAUUACCAUAACGAUCCAUAUAUAACCUGUAUUAAAAUGUAUAGAUUGUGAAAAGCUGAAUGUCAUGAAAAUUAUAACAACGAAAUGUAUGGCUAUUCACAACAAGAACAAAAAAAAUGUAAACAAUAAAUCUAAAAACUGUACGGGGACAAAUGUAAUGUUUUGUUUGUAAUUACUCCUUUUGUUGGCAGAGGGCUACUGGAUAAAAAAAAUCAUCUGUAAUAAAGUAAUUUUAAUAUAUCA